AUGGGUAGGUCCAAAUAAGGGGUUACUGUAGUUUUCAGGAAGAUCGACUCCCGCUUCUGUCGUCUGUCAAAUCUGCGGAGACAAGAGUUACGGUAGACAUUACGGACUGUGGACAUGUGAUGGAUGUGCCUGUUUCUUCAAGCGGACGAUCAGACGGAAAAUUAAUUACAGAUGUAUUUGUGGGUUUAUGUCAUCAAAAAUGACAUCGAAUUAUUAUUCUGUUUCAGCUGGUGAUAAUAAGUGUCCCGUUGAUAAGACAAGAAGAAAUUGGUGUCCAGCAUGCAGAUUAAAGAAAUGUUUUGAAAUGCAAAUGAAUAAAGAUGGUAAGUGAAGCUACAGUAAUCCUAAAUUAAUUUUUAAAGCAGUUCAAAAAGAGAGAGGGCCAAGGACAAAGAAAAUGACUCAGAAAUUAUACAAAACGGAUAAUGAAAGUACAAAUCAGAGUAGGUUCUCAAAUCGAAGGACCAUCUUUAGAGAUCGACCUGGUUGUUUAUACCAUGAAGAGCGUCCUCAAUAAUGCGGUGAUCGUAUUUUUGACUACGGAACAGAAAAAGAAUCUUAUGGCACGUUUGUGGCCGAUCUUUACUUUGGCUAUUCUUCCACAUACCAAAAGUAAAAUCGAAAUAAAAACGGUAGAAGUGAGUAAUAAGAACGUCAUCGUGAUCUCCUUUAAGGUUAACAAUCUAAUUUCCGACUUUUCACAAAAAGUGGGCAAAGUUGAUGAGGAAGAGACAAGAUUGUUAUGUUCGUGGUUGCUGUGCAAUCUCGGUAAGUGGCUCUUUCCUAAACCACCAAUUAUUUGAAGGAGGAGAAAUAUCAAUUAUUGACUUUGCGCCCUCAUUAUUGGAUACUUACACGUCUUGGCUUAGAAAACAUUGUGAUUCGAAUUAUCCGGAUGAAAAUGAUCGGGCCGAUCGAAUAAUCGAUUAUGGGAAGGCCUUACUCGGCUUCAAUGGGUACACUUCUUUUAUCGCUGAAUUCUCCUUCCUACACCAUGACAAAUCAUCGUUGUUAUAA